CCCCUGCGGCCCCCAGGUCUCCCUGAAGUGCCCAGCGCCGCCACGAUGCCCUCAUCCCCGCUCAGGGUCGCCGUGGUGUGCAUGAGCAACAUCAACAGGAGCAUGGAAGCCCACAGCCUCCUCGAGAGGAAAGGGUUCAGCGUCCGUUCCUUUGGGGCUGGAUCUCGUGUGAGGCUCCCAGGACGGAGACCCGAUCUUCCCGCGGUUUAUGAUUUUGCCACAACGUAUCGACAGAUGCACGACGACCUCCGAAGGAAAGACAGGGAAUGCUACACACAGAAUGGCAUCUUGCACAUCUUGGGAAGAAAUGAGAGGAUCAAGCCCCGUCCCGAAAGAUUUCAGCAGUGCACCGAGUCCUUUGACGUCAUCUUCACCUGUGAGGAGCGUGUCUAUGACAGGGUGGUGGAACACCUGUCUUCCAGGAAACAGGGGACCUUCCAGCCCGUGCAUGUGAUCAACGUGGGCAUGGCAGACGACCCGGAAGGUGCCACCCUCGGAGCGUUCCUCAUCUGUGAGCUGUGCCAGCGCCUCCAGGAGGCGGGCGACAUGGACAAAAUGGCUGGGCUGCUCCGGCAAGCGGAGGAGAAAACGGGAAAGACUUUUUCUCACACCGUCUGCUUCUACUGAAGA